AGUCCUCAUCGUCUUCUCUGUCCAUUCAACCCCCAAUAUUACCAUCUUUGCUCCGCCCUUCGCUUUCUCAAUGACCUUUCCGGACACAAAUGAAGGAGAUUGGGCGUCGAGACGAGCUGCGGCACUAGCCCAACUUACCUCAGACUCGCGCCUGACUUCAUUAUCCCCCGCCUCUGCUUGCGACUCACCUUUAUCUUCGUUCCCCUCAUCACAUCAAACACUCGCCCAACAUUCAAAAUUCCCUCGUGACGAUCCCAUUGCAUACGGCGGCCACCCUAAAAACAAAGACCGACCAUAUCCUCUCUCUCUCAUCCCCUUCGACCUCAGCGAACCUUAUGAGGUCUCCGAAUACCUUACUAUCCGCUCCUACGAUAAGGCGUGCCAAGUCGACUACCUGGGCCAACCCUGGGCCAAUGAGUACAGGGACGGGAUGAUCGGUGACGAGCAGACGUUCGACGACAGAAUUUUUCGUCGCUAUCUUGAUCGCUUCAUUCAAGAGAACUGCAACUACAUGGCGAUGGCUACAGAGUUCUCACAUCAAGCAAAUUUGAAAACGGUCUUCUACGACAGAUAUGACAAAGAGUGGGCCAAGCUAGAUCUGGUGGAUAUGUACAGACGGCGGACGGGGAAAAUUCUGGGAGCCCCCUCUCAAUCGCAAGGCACUUCCAAAUCAAAAAAGGAUGUUGCCACUACUCCGGACGCCUCUCUCAUCGGCAGCGUCAACGAUCCUAGCUCUCCAUCGGGCCGGAAACGGAUGCUUUACGCAGUCAUCGAACUGAAGUGGAUGAACUUAGCGGCUCUACUUACCGGCGAGGCUAAAAGUCAAACCGACGAGAAAGCUCUUAGUUACCUCUGCCAGGAAGGCGUGUUUCAAACCAUGUGGUAUGUCAUCUUGGGCUACGCCAUUUCACGCUGCAUCUUCGGCCUCUCCAUAGUCAACGAAUAUUUCUAUAGAAUUGUGUAUCUCUAUCAAGACUCGGCCUCAGACAGUCCCGUGCUUGCCCUGGAGGCAAGCAAAGAGUUCUUGGAGAACGCCGGGCAACAUUUUGGAUAUCCGCGGGAUGGUUACUCAGUCGAAGAACUUGCAGAGCUGCAAGACUUUUGGUCGUCGCCUCCCAAUUGUCUGAUCAGCGACCGUGCCAACGCCACUCUGAAUAAAGAGGCAAGGUAUCACCUCGAUGCGACCAUCCUCUUGUUCCUCGCUCAUGCAGCGGCACUUCCAACGCAACGCUUCCUCAACGACCUGCCCCUCCCUUUUGCUCAUCAUGUUCCUGUUGAUGCGACCGCUCAUUCAGCCACCGACAUGAGAUUGAAAGGAUUAGAAGUUGGGCGCAGGCGACACAGUCUUCGUUCGACCAAGAGGAACAAGCGCACAUUGGCGGAUUUGUAUGAUGAAGAGAAAGAUGAAGAGGACAAGCCAGGGGACCGAGAGGACAAGUCAGGGGACCGCAAGCCGCCUGGGAAGGAUAAUCGCAACAAUGAUCCUAGGAACGAUGGUUCACAAGGGGGAAACUCUGGCUCCGGAGGCGAUAACUCUCGUGGCGGAGGCUCUGGUCCUGGGGGCGAUAACUUACAUGACGGAGGCUCUGGUUCUGGCCGAGGACAUGAAGGCUCCGACUCUCGAGAUGUCGGCGGAUAUGAAGGUUCUGAGUCUAGGGAUGACGGCAGAGACCCUGUUCAAGAUGGCGCCGGAGGCCCCUCUACUCAUCUCGCUGAGGCUGCCGACAUUCGAACGCCUACGACACGACAAGAGUUCUUGAGAGGCCUCCAGAAGCUAUCCACUCCUGGAAAUAUGUUAGACAUGAAAUCAUCCAUUAUUGCCUCCCUCAUCUCCAAUCCGCAUACCAGUACUUCUGUGGCUCCCUCCUCUCCCGGGGUUAACUCCACCACGUCGUCGGAGGAUGUUCAUUUCCCGGAUCUGUCAUUGGACUCCAAUGGCAGAACUCUCGUCCAUUGUGAUUUGUCCACCGAUCCCCUCCCAAAAGUUCACAAGUCCACCCCUCUUGAUCUCGAUCUCGAGGACAUCGACCCGGAAACGGGGGAGCUUACGUUGGCGGCCUAUAGGGACCGCCUCGCAAUGCUGGGGGUACGGGUGAAGUUGGUAACAAGGGAGGAGAUGGACGUCUUGCUGGCGCGGGGAUGAAGGGACAGCUUCGGCUGUUGAGUGGGUGGACGGAGAGGAGGGGAUAGCGGUUUCUGUUGUAUAUAUUGGUUUUUGUUGUAUAUAUUCGUUUCUGUUGUAUAUAUGGUUUCCGUUGUACAUAUUGGAAGUUGAGAUAGAC